ACAGCGAUACAACAUGGCGGCCGGAUCCUAACGCUCUCUGUCGAGGAGCCAGCGCGGAGGUACUGGUUCGGGACCCUGCCUCACAGGAGUGGAAGCCAGGGGGCCUCCCUUUCUGCCCCUUUCUUCUCCGUCCAGUGUCGGCAAGGGCUUGUCGUCGGCUUCCGCAUCCAGGAUGAAGAACUAUAAAGCAAUUGGCAAAAUAGGAGAGGGAACGUUUUCCGAAGUUACGAAGCUGCAAAGCCUGAGAGACGGAAGCUACUACGCGUGUAAGCAAAUGAAACAGCGCUUUGAAAGUAUCGAGCAAGUGAACAGUCUACGGGAGAUACAAGCACUGAGGCGCCUGAACCCACACCCGAACAUCCUCACGUUGCACGAAGUGGUUUUUGACAGAAAAUCUGGUUCUCUUGCACUAAUAUGUGAACUUAUGGACAUGAAUAUUUAUGAGCUAAUACGAGGGAGAAGACACCCAUUACCGGAGAAGAGAAUUACGUGCUAUAUGUACCAGUUAUGUAAAUCCCUUGAUCACAUGCACAGAAAUGGAAUAUUUCACAGAGAUGUAAAACCAGAAAAUAUAUUAAUAAAGCAGGACGUCCUGAAACUAGGGGACUUUGGGUCCUGCCGGAGCGUCUACUCCAAGCAGCCGUAUACCGAGUACAUCUCCACGCGCUGGUACCGCGCCCCGGAGUGCCUCCUCACCGACGGCUUCUACACCUACAAGAUGGAUGUGUGGAGUGCAGGCUGUGUGUUCUACGAGAUCGCCAGCCUUCAGCCCCUCUUCCCCGGAGCCAACGAGCUGGACCAGAUCUCAAAAAUCCACGACGUCAUCGGCACACCUGCGGAGAAGACUCUCACCAAGUUCAAACAGUCGAGAGCUAUGAGUUUUGAUUUUCCUUUUAAAAAGGGAUCAGGAAUACCUCUACUGACGGCCAGUCUGUCCCCGAAAUGCCUCUCCCUCCUGCACGCAAUGGUGGCCUACGACCCCGACGAGAGAAUCGCUGCCCGUCAGGCCCUCCACUCCCCUCUCUUCCUUCCCCACAGGGCAGUGGAGAAGCGGGCUCUGGCCAGCCACGGGAGGUCCGUCUCCUCAGAGCGCCCCGUGGCUCCGGAACUACUCCUUAACGGCUGGCAGAUUUCAAAGGAGGGCAGGAAACAGAAACCGUCCCUAAAGCCAGAGGAGGACGCUCCCACGAGACAGGGACCCGCCUGCCUGAUGCAACUGCCCAAACUGAAGCUUUCGGGGGUGACCGAACUGGCCUCGUACCCCAGCCCCGCGCUGCACUCCGUGUUCGGACCCGGAGCGAACAGCAAAGUCCCGGUGCCGAGGCCCCCGAAGUUUGUCGGCACAAACCAGAAGGCAGACCCGCAGAAGGACGCGAAGCCUAACCUGAAACAGUGUCGUCUGCCCUCGAUAGGGAGGAGAGGCGGCCGCUACUGAGCAGCACGCGCCGGUCGCCUGCCGGGGGCAGCACUGCGCGGAACCAGGUGCGGCCGGGCCGCCGCGAUCGCCUCCGAGCCUUGGGUGGAGGGCUCCGGGGAGAGCCCCGUCCCCCUCGCGGAGCCUGGCGCCCCGAGAGCGUUGCCCCGCUGGCCAGCCGGAGCCCGGGAUCUGCACCCCGAGAGCGGCCGUGCUGUGUUCCUGCCGGAUACGUUCGUCAGACCAGCUCAUUCGGGGCUUUUGUUUCAUUCUCGUAACGUAAGAACUGGGGGUAGAGAAUAUUUUGUAAUUUUUUAUCUGAUUCCGAAGAGAGAUCCGAAUUUAUGUUGCGUAUUUAGGCUCGGUGUCGCCGUGGCUGUGGGCGCGGCGCCUCCAGGACAUCGCCGAUGGCGCCGGGCGCGUUACGGCGUCACAGACUGUGCUGUCGGAGCUUUAUUAAAGAACAAGUAUCGUUA